CCCCUUUCAACAAGUUAUUUCUCAAUCCCGACCCCCCAAAUCCGAAACCUAGCUCGCCGGAGCUGCGCAAUCCGGUGAAUUCUCAAGCGGUUCAGUACGAGGCGUCUACGCCAUGCGAUGCAUCUGAAGCGUCGUGAUUGACCGCACAAUUCGUAUAAUCCAUGGAGCCGCAACCUCCGCCGCCUCCCGCCGUGGAGACGCACUUCGCCGAUCUCUGCAAGGAACUGGGAGUGGACGAGGGCGUCGCUAGCGAGGCCGCGGCGUUGCUGGAGGAGGGGAAGGGCGUGUUUCUCACGCCCCCUUUGUUUGGGAGCAAAUCGCCCGAGGAUGUGGAGAGGCUAUGUUUUGCUUUCGUGCUUUACUGCGUGGCUAAGCUGAAGGGAAAGGGGAUGAAAGAGGAGAGCUCCAGGGUUCGGCUGUGGAAGAUCUUGGAGGGAUGCAAACUCAAUUACAAUGAUUUCUUCAAGGGAUCACAGCAGCUUCUUUCGAAGCUUGACCAUGUUUUACGGAGCCGAUAUGGGACGGAUUGGGAAGAUCUGCUAGAGCUGAAACAAUUGCAGAGUUUGGUAAAUCUGUUGGCAGAUGCAAGCAGGUUCUAUUGCAAAGCAUUUAAUGAGCUAUUCUUAAGUGCUAGUACUGGCCAGGAGCCUGGAUCGACUACAAGUAAUCCUGAUUUUUUUUGUUUUGGGUGGCUAUUUUUCUUAGCCCUCCGUUCAAAAUCACCAGAAUUGUUCAAGGACUUGGUAUCCUGCAUCCAUGGAUUAGUUGCCAUAUUGGCCAUACUUUUAAUUCAUGUACCUGCUAAAUUUAGGAGCUUCACAAUCGAAGGUUCUUCUCACUUAAUAAAACAAACGGUGAGGGGUGUUGAUCUCCUUGCUUCGUUAUGUCAUAACUAUCAUACCUCUGAAAACCGCUUGAAAGAAAUGAUGGGGAAGUUUCACAAGGCUAUAGAGGAGUUCUUCAGCACGAAAGCAGUAAGGGCUUCAGAGUGCAAAACAGAAACUUCGGGUAAAAUAGAUACAGAUGGUCUAAUUUAUUUCAGAGAUCUCCUUGAUAAGGAGUGUUUUCAUUCAAAUUUUGAGAAGUUGGAGAAGCUAACUACUACCACUAGCUGGGAAGGGGAGCUUGAUCUGGAAAUGUUUUUGGUCAAUAAUGGCAAUAUAAUCAGUGCUGAGAACUCUUCUAGAGAUUUCUCUAAUCUAAGCUGCCCAAAGCGUGUCUUUGAAACAUUAGCAUCACCUGCAAAGACAAUAAAGAACAUGUUGACUGUCCCUAGUUCCCCUUCAUCACCUGCCAAUGGUGGUUCAGUUAAGGUAGUGCAGAUGACACCAGUGACUUCUGCCAUGACAACUGCUAAGUGGCUUCAUGAGGUGAUAUCUUCGUUGCCAGAGAAGCCUUCGACUAAGCUCGAGAAAUUUCUUUCGUCUUGUGAUACAGAUUUGACAAGUGAUGUAACAAAAAGGGUCAGCAUAAUUUUGGAAGCAAUUUUUCCAACUAAGCCUUCUGGCCAUUGCGGUGGUUCCAUGGGCCUCAAUUGUACAAAUGCCUUCGAUAUUCCAUGGGCCGAAGCAAGAAAAAUGGAGGCAUCCAAGUUGUACUAUAGGGUGUUGGAGGCAGUUUGCAGAGCAGAAUCACUCAAUACUAAUGUAAAUAAUCUGACUCCGUUGUUGUCAAAUGAGCGUUUUCACCGAUGCUUGAUUGCAUGUUCAGCUGAAUUGGUUUUGGCAACACAUAAGACAGUCAUCAUGAUGUUCCCUGCUGUCUUGGAGAGUACUGGUCUAACUGCAUUUGAUUUGAGCAAGAUAAUUGAGAACUUCGUGAGACAUGAAGAAAGCCUUCCAAGAGAAUUGAAAAGACAUUUAAAUUCAUUAGAAGAACAGCUUUUGGAAAGCAUGGCAUGGGAGAAAGGUUCAUCACUGUAUAAUUCACUGAUUGUUGCCAGGCCAUCACUUGCUUCGGAAAUAAAUCGCCUUGGUCUUUUGGCUGAAUCAAUGCUGUCUCUUGAUGACAUAGUAGCAAGGCAGAAUUUCCAUGCUGAAGACUUGCCAGCUACACCAUCAAAAAAACAGGCUGCCGAUCCAGAUGAGAAUGGUGACACUCGGUCACCAAAGAGAUUAUGCAUUGAAUCGAGGAGCACACUGGUAGACCAAAUUCCGCAGACACCAUCAGCAAAGCAAAGCUAUACGUUGAAAGCGAAAUGGUGUCCUCUCCAGUCGACAUUUGCAAGUCCCACUGUCAGCAAUCCGGUUGGCAGGAAUGAAAAAUGUGCUGAAGUAGGGGUUCACAUCUUCUUCUCCAAAAUCUUGAAGUUGGCUGCUAUUAGAAUAAGGAACUUGUGUGAAAGGCUUGGGCAUGUGGAACAGACAGAGCGUGUGUAUAAUAUCUUCAAGCAGAUUCUUGAUCAACAGACAGCUUUAUUUUUUAAUCGACACAUUGAUCAGCUUAUUCUUUGUUCCCUCUAUGGUGUUGCAAAGGUUUCCCAAUUAACGCUGACGUUCAAGGAGAUUGUCAAUAAUUACAAAAGAGAACAGCAAUGUAUGCCAGAAGUUUUUAGAAGCGUCUUUGUUGUGAAUACAGAUCACAAUGGAGGACUUGGAUCACGCCAUGUUGACAUCAUUAUUUUUUAUAAUGAGGUGUUUGUUCCAGCAGUCAAGCCUUUCCUGGUGGCACUAAUUCCUUCUGGUGCUCAUCCAGACAACAAGAAGAAUCAUAAUAGCCAAAUUCCUGGAUCACCAAAGUCAUCUCCCUUCUCAAAUCUACCAGAUAUGUCCCCAAAGAAAGUCUCAUCUUCCCAUAAUGUUUAUAUUUCUCCUCUGCGUCAAACCAAGAAGGAUGCAUUGCUUUCACCAAGUUCGAGGAGUUUUUAUGCUUGUAUCGGUGAAAGCACCCAUGCUUAUCAGAGCUCAUCUGAAGAUUUGGCCGCUAUAAAUAAUUGUCUAAAUUACACCACCAGGAGAAUCAACACUCGAAUAAACUUUGACAUGGUUAGCGAUUCAGUGGUAGCUGGCAGUCUGGGCCAACCAAAUGGUGUCCCUGCCUCUUCGGAUCCUGCAGGUUCAUUUAGUUUCUUGUCAAGGAAGGGCAACCCAGGACCAGAUUCUUGAGCAAAUAAAUGAGCAUCUCCUGUAUAUAGCUCACGGACCCACGGAAGGCCUUCUGUUCUUCUGAAUAAGUGGGUGAACUCGAAUGCUUCAACUGUACAUCUGUGUGUUAGGGAGUAGCAGCAGUAUAAAAGUGGCUGAUUACUUAGCAUCAGCAUUCCUGAUGUAUUAUUUUAUUUUCCAGCUGUUGAAAAACAGUAGUGUAAGCUGUGGAAAAUAAUAACCGGCAAUAUUUUUCAGUGUGUAAUAAUCUGUUGGUGUUUACUGUA